UUAUCAGAAGCAAAGGUGUUGAGAGGAAAGAAAGAAACUAAAAAUAUGUUGUAGUAGAGAAAGAAUCUGAAAUAAUAGAGGGAAAUGGUAAGGUUUUGGCAUUUGGCAGUAGAAAAGAAAAAGGAAUCCUGUCUUUCAUCAUGACAAGAACCUGACUAUUGCAAUUGUUUUUACGAAGGACUUCUCUAGUGUAAAGCCACAGAAUAGCAAGGGAUUCCCGUGACUUCAACCUGCAACAAAGAUAAAUUGUCGUGGUUUUGCAUCAUCACUGUUGCCUCCCCCUCUCCACCACUUUAACUCCUCCGUUCUGCCAUCCAUCACUGUUUUUUGACUCUCUCUCUCUCUCUCUCCUGUAUUUCUUUUUCUUUUUUAGCUUUCAGUUCAUUUUUAGGCACUGUUGGCUCUGUUACGCUCAGUCUCCUCUCAAUAUUAAAGCCCCACGACUUACCAGAAACCCCAAAGGCCCCAACUUCACCCUCCAUCUCUUUCUUUUCUCCCUGUUUGUGUUGCUACUGGCCUGCUGUUUGUAGUCCGAGAGUCUUUCUCUUAAUUACUAGUUAGUGUACUUAAGAGUCUAGCCAGCCAAUUUUGGCUAAUUCAAGUAACAGAAAAAUGCCUACUUCGGCUUCAUUUUUGAGGCAGCUUAGUGGAAAAGAAGCUUGGAAAUCCACAUCCUGGAGGUGGGGAGGGAACAGCAGAUACAACAACGUCGGUGGGAAUAGUUCUGGUAGGUUUGAGACAAGCUUAACUCAGAUGGAAGGGCUUAACAUUUAUGGCAAUGGUGUCGAUAAUGGCUUGGUGAUAAGGAAGAGAGUGAUGGUUGUAGUGGAUCAAAGCUCACAUUGUAAGCAUGCAAUGAUGUGGGCUCUUACUCAUGUAGCUAACAAGGGCGAUUUGCUUACUUUACUUCAUGUUAUUUCUCCUAACCAAAAGAGUUCCGAGUCUUCAUCUUGUUAUCCUGACCUUGCUAACUCUCUUGGGUCACUCUGCAAGGCUUGUAAACCCGAGGAGUGAAGAGUUAAGAGCGGGAGAAAAACUUGGGUUGAUCUUCCUUUUCUUCCCUUUCAGUACCUUCUCGGUGAGGGGCCAUUUUCAAAUUGUUCUUUGGUUUUUAGUGCUUUUUCUUCUUUAAACAUGUCUCUGUUACUUGCAUGUUUAAACAGUGAAGGGAGCUUUUCUCUGCCCCCCAGUUUGCCUUCUCUUUAUUUUCUU